AUGGGCAAGGCGAAGAAGAGGAUGACGACGACAGUUCCAUCAGAAGGGCUAAUGGACGAAGUAAAGAGAGCUCAAAGAGAGGAGGAGGAGGAGAACGACAGUAAUUUUGAAAUUCAAGACACAGAAGACAUAAAAGAGGCGCAGGAGGUAAGGACAACACAAGAAGAGGAGGAGGAUGUGAAGAUCACAAUUCCAGAAAAGCAGGACGAGGACAGAAAAUAUUCAACACAAAAAGGAGAGGAAAAAAAACUAAAUCUAAAGGGGGCUGCAAAGACUUCUUCCUCAGACAGGAAAUGUAUACCAGGAAUUCUCUACAUUGGUCAUAUCCCUCCAAGGUUCCGGCCCAAACAUAUGAGAAAUCUUUUGUCUGCUUAUGGCGAGAUUGGACGAAUCUUCCUGCAACCUGAAGAUCGGCAAGUGAAGGCGAGGAAGAAGCGCUCGGGUUCCAGGAGGAGCGGCUUUACCGAGGGUUGGGUGGAGUUCCGUGACAAGCGUGUGGCCAAGCGGGUGGCUGCGUCUCUUCACAACACACCGAUGGCGACACGGAAACGGCAGACCUUUGUCUCCGACCUCUGGUGCAUCAAGUACCUGCACAGGUUCCAGUGGACGCACUUGAGUGAGCGUCUGGCCUACGAGCAAAUGGUUCUCGCACAGCGCCUCCGCACGGAAGUGUCGCAGGCCAAGCGUGAAACCAACUUCUACCUGGACAAUGUGGACAAGAGCGCUCGAAUGGACAAAGACAGCAAGAAAGGGAAACGGAACAGGACAGACGCACAGCACAAGGCGGAGGAGCGGACGUGGGACUUCACUCAGCGCCAGACGGAGGAGGAGAUCCAGAUGAAGAAAAAGAAGGUUAAGAAGACGGCAAUGAUGACAAUGAUGGACUCCGGUAGCCAGAAGCAACAAGACAAAGAACGCCUUCACCAGCAAAAGAGCCAAUCAAACAUUUCCUUGUUGGCCAAAAUUUUUAAUUCCAAACAGCCUUAG